GCGAUGAUGCUGUGGUCUGCUGGUCCCGGACCGGCCAGGAAGGCAUCCAUCUGGUGUGUGUAUCUCCUUGGGAAGUGCCAUCCACGGAUUGUGUUGCGUUCUGUUCCUGUCAGAAAGUAAGCAGACAGCCGAGUGGAGCAGCAGCAGGCCCGUCGAGGAGAUCUAUAGCCAUGUCUUCCAGCUCAGCGAUGGCGCGGAUCCUGAUCAAGGGCGGCAAGGUGGUGAACGACGACUGCACGCAGGAGGCCGACGUCUACAUCGAGAAUGGCAUCAUUCAGCAGGUGGGGAAGGAGCUGAUGAUUCCAGGAGGAGCCAAAGUGAUCGACGCCUCGGGAAAACUGGUCAUCCCGGGGGGUAUUGACACCAGCGUCCACCUGGAGGAGAGCUUCAUGAACGCGAUCACGGCAGAUGACUUCUACAGCGGCACCAAGGCUGCUCUAGCUGGAGGUACAACAAUGGUGAUCGGACACGUUCUUCCAGAGAAGAACGAGUCUUUGCUGGAAGCCUAUGAGAAGUGCCGCAGCUCGGCGGACUCCAAAAGCUGCUGCGACUACGCUCUGCACGUGGGAGUCACUUGGUGGGGACCCAAGGUGCGAGCUGAGAUGGAGAAGCUGGUGAGAGAGCAAGGAGUGAAUUCCUUCCAGAUGUUCAUGGCCUACAAGGACAUGUUCAUGCUGAGGGACAGCGAGCUCUUCCAGGCUCUGCAGCACUGUAAGGACAUCGGAGCUAUAGCGAGAGUCCAUGCAGAGAACGGUGAACUGGUGGCAGAGGGUGCAAAAGAAGCAUUGGAUCUGGGCAUCAGUGGCCCAGAGGGGAUUGAAAUCAGCAGGCCUGAAGAGCUGGAAGCAGAGGCGACCCACAGGGCAAUUACCAUCGGCAACAGGGCCCACUGCCCGAUCUAUCUGGUCAGCGUAUCCAGUAUGGCUGCAGGAGACGUAGUGGCUACAGCCAAGAUGCACGGUAAGGUGGUCCACGGUGAAAUAACCACGGCCCACGCUGUGCUGAACGGCAUGCAGUACUAUCACCACGACUGGGCCCACGCUGCUGCCCACGUUACAGUGCCUCCUCUCCGCCUGGACCCCAGCACUCCCAAUUUCCUAAUGAGCCUGCUGGGAAAUGACACUCUGAAUGUCGUGGCGUCCGACCACCGUCCAUUCACCGUCAAACAGAGAGCCAUGGGCAAGGACGAUUUCACAAAGAUCCCCCAUGGGCUUCCCGGCAUUCAGGAUCGCAUGAGCGUCAUCUGGGAGAAAGGAGUGAUUGGAGGUAAGAUUGAUGAGAAUCGCUUUGUAGCAGUCACAAGCUCCAAUGCAGCCAAGAUCUACAACCUCUACCCCAGGAAAGGGAGGAUCAUCCCAGGAGCAGAUGCUGAUGUGGUGGUCUGGGACCCAGAGGGAUCCAAGACCAUUUCUGUGGACAACCAGCUCCAGGGGGGAGAUGUAAACCUGUAUGAAGGCCUCCGUUGUCAUGGCGUACCCCUGGUCACCGUCAGCCGUGGCCGUCUGGUCUAUGAAAAUGGCAUGUUCACGUGUGCCGAGGGCUCUGGAAAGUUUUGUCCCCUGAGAACCUUCCCAGAUUACCUUUACAAGAAGAUGGUUCAGAGGGCAAAGUGCCAGGCUGUGAAAGCUGUUGAACGGGAGCCCUACAUAGGUGAAGUUGUUGCGGUGGCCAACUCAGGAAAGAGGGACCAUGGCGCUCCAGACCUGGACACUCCGACCCGCCCCUGCACUCGGCACGGGGGAGUGAGGGACCUCCACGAGUCCAGCUUCAGCCUGUCUGGUGCCCAGAUCGAUGACAACAUUCCAAAGAGAUCCUCAGCCAGGAUCCUCGCUCCUCCUGGAGGUAGAUCCAGCGGGAUCUGGUAACCGGUCAGACGGCCAUUACACGAAGCGGAAGAAUGAUUGGUGAGGGAAACAUCCAGCCUACCAAGAUGAUUUGGUCUUUUUUUUUUCCUUUUUGGAAGCUUAGAAUGUGUGUGUGUGGGGGUAACAAAAUCAUGUUUUUAUUUUGAACACAGUUACAUAAGACUGUAAAAUGUUAAAACUGUAUGGCAUUGCUGUAAUGAUAUUGGAAUAUGGAUCAAGGAAAACUGUUGCUAAGUGGUUAUAGCUACCAAAUUUCAGUCAAAUCUUAACCAAAUAGACACAGCAAAUAAAAUAUUUGUUUGUCUGAUGGAUCACGUUAGAGGAAAUUAUCUUACUAAUAGUUUUAGGACUGUGAAAGUGAGUCAUGGUUUUUUCGAUGCAAUUGUGUUACCUCACUGUAAAAUACGAUUUUGCACUUGUAUCAUGUACUAUUUAGAUGCCUUUUUACAUGAUUUAAUGUCACAAAUAUCACAAAUGUGUUUUUACUGCGAGCCAAGGUGAACAAAAUGUUAUGAAUGAUUCCAAGAGUGUCGGCAUGACAUUAAUAUGUCGUGAAAACUCUAAUUGCAAUUGACCAAUUGAUGAAAACAUCAUAAUGCAAGCUAACCUUUUUAAAUGUUUUAUUUAUAUUUUUAUAUUUUGUUAUUUGUGGUGUUUUCUGUUGAUGCUUCUGCGUUAGAGUUAUUUCCUGAAUAAGAUUAGCAUUUCAGAUCAUGUUUACAGCCUUAUAGCAGAAUAGAUUCUGUCUCCCCCCCACCAAAUGUGAACGAACCUACGCUGUGCGCACUGUGCAUGGUAGCGUCGUUAGAACUACUGUAAUAAGCACUGAUAUUGCUCACGUUGCGCAGCAUUCUCCGUGAUCGUAUCCAUUUUCCACAGACGGCAAAAAGUCUCACCCGAACUGCCUUUUUCUCACCUGAGAACACCGACACCCACAAACACGUCGUCCCAAACUGCCGGCGCAGAUCGUGACAUGUCGACUGCUGUCAUUUCUUCUAGAGAGGGCACUUUUUUCUACUUUCAUGCACUCCGAGUCUGAAAUGGUUGAAAAUGUUGCCCUGACUGAUGUAAGGCACCACUGUGAGAAGGUGGAGCGAUCCUCUUUACCAUUCAGAGACUUGAAGGUAAACAGCAGACAUGUUCCUUCAGGGGAUCAGACGCCUUCAUAUGUCACUGAGGGCUCUGGAAGGCAUGCUUGUUUAGCAACUACAGAAAAGCACUGAUACUACUACUACUACUACUGUGUUUUUAUAGUUUUAGUUACUGAAUUUUUCUUGUGAAUAAUUGUCUUAGUAAUUCUGUUGUGUUUUGUCAGUGCAAACAGGGAUGCACACAAGAUUAUGAUCAUGUUUAGACCUGGUUAUGUUCAGGAGAUGUUAUAGUUAAAAAUCUUACAUUAUUGUUUGUUUGUUUUUGGUCAGAUUUCACUUUAAAAACUCCACUGACUCUUGUUGCAUCUUCUCCCUCCCAAACGUACACUGGUGCUGAACAAUGUAUCGUCACAUUGAAUUCCUUUUAUCUCUUAUUUUGUCUUGCAGCUCUUUAUCACAUGAUUUGAGUGCAAAUAAACCACAAUGAAAU